CGAGGACUGCCGCUUCGCUUUGGUGCUGCCCUGAUGCCCGUGGCCGCAGCACAUACGUCUCACAGAGGAGAUCUUUGGGCUUGGCCACUGGCUUCUAGUAGACAGUUUAGUGCUGCUUGCUAAAUCGAUACUUGAAACCUCAACACGGAGUUCGUGGCAGAUCCGUACACUGUUAAAGUCUUGCAAAGAAAUGCAUUGGCGUAGGCCGAGCACGUGUACAGAUUUCAGUUUCAAGUGUAGAAAUGCUACAAUUCUGGUGUGCCAAUGAUGUUAUUCAUACUCCUGGCUCUGGCACUGCUGUGCCACGUUAGUGGCAAAGCUAUCAACACUUUCGCGGGCCCUUACAAGGUUGUCCCCGAACGCUUUUACAUGUGUGAACCAGACAACCGCGUUCUUCCGGCGAGAUGGUAUUUGCGCAUCAGUCACUUCAACCCACAUAAACCAAAAGAGCUUCAACUCCUGACCGGUAACAUUACCGUCCAGAGUGUGUCUAUGGAUAACAGCGCCUGGGUGAAAGGAAAUAUAGAUGUUCGGUCAAAUAACCAAUGGAAAAAAAAUGCAUUUGUCGGUUCUUUUAACAAUUCUGCUUGUCGUGCUCUAAAAGAAAAUAUCCCUGGAUUUUACGAUGUUUUUUUCAAGAAGAAAGAAAUUGGCGGCGUAUGCUCAAUCAAACCUGGAGUUUACGAGGUCAAUGACGCCCCAGUAGAUUGGAAUUUUCCAAAAGCUCCAAUUUUUCCGUACGGCCAAUAUAGGUUCAGGUUAUUGUUUGGCAAAGCUGAGAAAAUGUACUCAUGCUUUGUGGUAGAAAACACUGUUAUUCCUAAACCCUAGUAGCAGUACAAGUGUACCCCAGUGAGAAAUAAAAUACCGAUGAAUGGUCUCG